GGGUGGGACUAUGGGCAAGAAUGAUUUCUGGGUAACAGCCUGCCCCCACUCAGUUCUUUUUGACAGGGAGAGGAGGAAGAGGAAGAGGAAGAAGUUAAGGAAGUGGGAGAAUUCAAUGGUGAGGUGAAGGGGAAAGGCCCAGGCAGGGAUGAGAGAGGAAGAGAGGGAGGUGAUUGAGAGCAAAGCACUCAGUGUGGGAACAGGUUACAGGCUGAGAUGCCCAUGCACACAGUGAGCCCCGAGUGGGGAGAACGGCCUGGCCUUGUUCAGGCUCAGCAUGGAAGGGGAUUCUUUGGAGGAGCCAUGCAGAAGGAGCCGGGAGAUGCACAACAAGGCUUCAGGCAGAUCAUCUACCAAGAAGGCAGAGGACCCCGAGAGGUCUGCAACCACCUCCACUCUCUCUGCCGCCUGUGGCUGAAGCCCGAGGAACAUACAAAGGCGGAGAUGCUGGACCUGGUGCUCCUGGAUCAGUUCCUGGCCAUCCUUCCUGCGGAGAUGGAGCGCUGGGUGAGGGAAUGUGGGGCAGAGACCAGUUCCCAGGCCGUGGCUUUGGCUGAAGGAUUCCUCCUGAGUCGGGCAGAAGAGGAGAAAUUCAAAGAGCAGCAGACCAUCUUUGCCAAAGAGACGGUUGAGGUGAAGAAUGAGUGGGUCACACAAGAUGGUAACAGCGCAUCCACCUCAGUGGGAGGUGCAACAAGGACAUGGCCAAAAGCAUCUCUUCAUACGGAUGGAUCUAGAACAGUUCCUAUGAGGCCAAACCAGGUGACAUUUGAAGAGGUGUCUGUGGAUUUCACGGAGGAGGAGUGGGCCCUGCUGUCUCCAGGCCAAAGGGCCCUCCAUGGAGAAGUCAUGGAUGAGAAUUUGAGGAUGGUGUUCUCUCUAGGUUGGGACGUGCAAGAGAGUGAGAACAACAGAGAACCUAGCAAGGCAUUCCUGCAAAGGAACAAGCAGGAGCAGAUGACAAGGAAUGAAAGAAAAUCAGACACCAAUGGCAAUGGAAGGGACAUGUAUCCUGCUUCUCAGGAGGGUGACAUCUCAGUCGAAGAAAUAACAGGGAACAGGAAAGAAAGGAGUAAAUGUCUUUGUUUCCUGUGUGGGAAAAGCUUUAGGUGUAAAGCAAGCCUUAUCGUUCAUAGAAGAAUUCACUCAGAGGAGAAAUCCUUCAAAGCUGGUAUGUGGAAAAGGACACCCAGUAUAAAGAAGCCUCUGAUUUCCCAUGAAAGAUUUCAAAUGAGAGAGAAAACCUUUAACUAUCUGAGGUGCGUAAAGAGUAUCCGGUGGAGGUCAAACUUUGUGUCACAUCAAGGAAUGCCCCCAGGGGAGAAACCCUUUAAAUGCCUUGAAUGCGGAAAGAGCUUCACUAGGAAGAAACAACUCACUCGUCAUCUGGACACGCACUCAGGAGAGAAACCAUAUCAGUGCUUGGAAUGUGGGGAAACAUUUGGUCGAAAAACAUCUCUUAGUCGUCAUCUAGCUACUCACACUGGAGAGAGGCCCUUUCAGUGUGUGGCGUGUGGGAAAUGUUUCACUCGCAAAUCAAGUCUCACUAUUCAUGAAUCAACGCACACAGGGGAGAAACCGUUUCAGUGCUUGGAGUGCGGAAACAGUUUCUCUCAAAAGGCACACCUCGUCCGCCAUUACAGAAAGCACACAGGACAAAAACCUUUUCAGUGUUUGGAGUGUGGGAAGAGUUUCAGUCAGAAGACGCACCUUAUCAAUCAUGAAGUAACUCACAUAGAAGAGAAGCAGUUCAAAUGUUCGGAGUGUGGGAAAACCUUUGGUCAAAAAACAAACCUGAGUCGUCAUCUAGCUACGCACACUGGAGAGAAGCCCUUUCAAUGUGUGGCGUGUGGGAAAGGUUUCUUUUGCAAAUCAAGUCUCACUUCUCAUCGAGCAACUCACACGGGGGAGAAACCGUUUCAGUGCUUGGAGUGUGGGAAGAGCUUCUCUCAAAAGCAGCACCUCACUCGCCAUUACAGGACCCACUCAGGAGAGAAACCAUUUCAGUGCUUGGAGUGUGGGAAAAGUUUCAGUCGCAAAUUACGUCUCAUUUCCCAUCAGUCAACUCACACAAGGGAAAAACUGUUUAAGUGCUUGGAGUGUGGGAAGAGCUUCAAUCAGAAGACUUGCCUCACUAAUCAUCAAGCAACUCACACAGGGGAGAAACCGUUUGAGUGCUCGGACUGUGGGAAGAGCUUCUCUAAAAAGCCAUACCUCACUCGUCAUUGCAAAACUCACACAGGAGAGAAGCCCUUUGAAUGCUUGGAGUGUGGAGAGAGGUUCAGCUGGAAGCAAGCCUUUGUGUCGCAUCAAAGUAUACAUACAGGGGUGAAACCCUACAAGUGUGCAGAGUGUGGAAAAAGUUACCCAUACAAAGUAAGCUUAAAUCGCCACCAAGUAACUCAUUCAGGAAAGAAACCCUUUCAGUGCUUGGAGUGUGGGAACAGCUUCAGUGAUAAAUCAGCACUUUUGACACAUCAAAGAAUUCACACAGGGGAGAAACCCUUUGGAUGUUUGUAGUGUGGAAAGAGCAUCCCUCCCCCCUUCUUUAUGGCAGAGAACCAAAGUAGCCAGUUCCAGGCUGCUACAGUGAUCCUGACAUCACAUCUCAUCAAUCAACUCACUCAGGGGAGAAACAGUUUAUGUCUGUAGUUUGGAAAGGGCUUCACUUGGAAGGAAAGCCUCAUUCAUCAUCUGGCAGCACAUAAAAGAGAGAAACCAUUUUGAUAUUUGAGUGUAGGAAGAGCUUCUCUCAAAAGCAACACCUCACUCACCGUUACAGAACCCACACAGGAGAGAAACCCUUUGAGUGUUUGGAAUAUGGAAACAGAUUCAGCUGAAAGUCGGUUCUUGUAUCACAUCAAAGUAUACAUGCAGUGGAGAAACUUUAUGUGUGUGUAGAGUGUGGAAAAAGUUACCCAUACAAAGAAAGCCUAAAUCGCCAUCAAGCAACUCAUUCAGAGUUUAGAUCAGUGGUUCCCAAACUUAUUUGGCCUACCGCCCCCUUUCCAGAAAAAAUAUUACUCAGCGCCCCCUGGAAAUUAAUUUUUUUAAAAUUUUAAUAGCAAUUAAACAGAAAGAUAUAUGUAUUAAUGUUUCUACCUUUUUCGUAAAAUGUAGUAAGGUAAAAAUGGUAAAGGUUUCCCCUGACGUUAAGUCCAGUCGUGUCCGACUCUGGGGGUUGGUGCUCAUCUCCAUUUCUAAGCCGAAGAACCAGCGUUAUCCAUAGACACCUCCAAGGUCCUGUGGCCGGCAUGACUGCAUGGAACGCUGUUACCUUCCCGCCAGAGCGGUACCUAUUGAUUUACUCACAUUUGCAUGUUUUUGAACUGCUAGGUUGGCAGAAGCUGGAGCUAACAGCGGGCGCUCACUCCGCUCUGCGGAUUUGAACCUGGGACACAAAUGCAUCUGUGGCCAUCACCAUCCCCCUGGAUUGCUGCAGCGCCCACCAGGGGGCGGUAGUGCCCACUUUGGGAAUCAAUCACUGGUUUAGAUUAUGGAAAGAGCUUCAAUCAGAAAAUACAUCUUACUCGUCAUCUGACAACUCACAUAGGAAAGAAUGCUUGGAGGGUGGCAAAGAUAAAGAAUAGAUCAGGAAAUGCAACAUGUGGGUGGAACCAUUUAAAAGUUUAGAACUUUAUGGAUUUUUAGAGAGAUCGCAAACCUUAUGUUGUAUUCCCACAAGAAAUAAUAUGAUUUUAUUCAAAGUUAACACCUCAGGUUUGGACUGUUUAAGAAUGUCCCUUUUUUUGGUGUUUUGUGAUGAUGAUGGUGAGAGACAGUGUAUAAAGGGGGAGGGAGAUAAUUAUAUAUACUGUAAUCUGCUCUGAGUCCCCACAGGGAGAAGGGCGGAAUAUAAAUAAAGUAUAUUAUUAUUAUUAUUAUUAUUAUUAUUAUUAUUAUUAUUAUUUUAUUAAGACACAGCAAACAAGAUAGAUAUGCUGGAUUUCGUAUCACAAAAUCACAAUUCGAACACUUCCCAAGUGUCUAGGACUGUGUGAUGUAUUUUCGGAUGAUGCACGCAGAUCCCAGUAGGGUGGCCUUUUGCAGUUGGCAGAUCGUGAUUUUGUCAAUGUUUAUUGUUUCCAAAUGCCGGCUGAGAUCUAUUAUUAUUAUUAUUAUUAUUAUUAUUAUUAUUAUUAUUAUUAAACUUAGGCAGAAAAAAUGAAAUGCAAACAAUACAGAAUGGCUGAUCCCUGGCUUGACAACGGUCCAUAUGAGAAAGAUCUUGGAGUCUUUGUGGACAACGUUGAAUAUGAGCCAACAGUGUGGUGUAGCUGCUAAAAAGCCAAUGGGAUUUGGGGCUGCACAAAAGGAGUCUCGUGUCUUAGAUCAAGGGAAGUAAUGGUGCCUCUCUAUUCUGUUUUGGGCAGAACUCUUUACCUGGAAUACUGUGUCCAGUUCUGGCCACCAUAGUUCAAAAGAGAUAUUGACAAACUGGAAGGUGUCCAGAGAGUGACAAAUGGCCAAAUUGCUCUGCAAAAAUGUUGCCCACAUUCGCAAACUAGUGGCUUUCCUACAGAUGCAGGUCAACAUUUAAUCGAGAUCAGUGAACCUGCUUUAAGACUGCACGGUGUCUUAGCUUUGCUGUGGAAAUGAUGAAAGAGAAGCCCGACAAUGAACUCAAGUGGAUCUUGUGAAUAGCAAUCUUUCAAACGGGGAAAUUUGAGCAUUUAAAGAACGGCGCAGAAUUGUAUCUCCUGAUUCUCACAUGCCUGACUGUAUGAAGGAUCCAAACGCAAAGAAGUAUGAUGUAUACUAUAAAGAGGGGAAAGUGGGUUGCUGUGAGUUUUCUGGGCUGUCUGGCCAUGUUCCAGAAGCAUUCCCUCCUGAGACGUUUCACCCACAUCUGUGGAAGAUAUCCUCAGAGGUUGUGAGGACCUCUGAGGAUGCCUGCCAUAGAUGUGGGGAAAACAUCAGGAGAGGAUGCUUCCGGAACAUGGCCAGACAGCCCAGAAAACUCACAGCAGCCCAGUGAUUCCAGCCAUGAAAGCCUUCAAUAGCAAAGGAAGAACUUUCCAGUCCUCGGCUAGGAGACACUCCUUAUAAGGAGGGAUAUUUGCCAGCUGCAUUGUAGGGACCAUAAGCCAGAAAAUAGUAAACUUUUGCCUAUGUAGCUUUGCCUGUGCAUAUGCCCCUCCCUUCCUGUGAGCUGGUGCCUUUCUCCAGAAUGUUUCAAGACCAAAAGUUAGCUUGAAAUCAACAAGUGAGGUCACAGGUAUCACUUAUGCCAAAGUGGGUGUGGAAGGUGAGGAAGACCUUCAGCCAUUAGUCAAUUUUAGAUAAGCUGAGAUAUAAAAUCCUUUGUUUGCUACGCACAUGCGGCGACGGCCAUUUGCAUGGUACGGACCCACAAAAGUGGGUACCUACAUCUGCUUUGCCUUAUCAUCAGCUAUGAUAACAAUAAAAGGCUUGUUUUAUUGCUC